AGAUCCCAGAAAACACGAAAACUAAAUGCUCAAUCUUUUUCAUAUUUCAGAUUUUUUUUUUCUCUUUUUAAUAACCCCUUAGAAGAUUAGAACUAUUAUUAUAUUAUUGCCAUAGAGAAAUAGAGAACGAAAGAAUCCACACAAGAAGCUACAAACCAAGGGAUGGGUUUGGGUUCUUCUGAGAUAGAUGUAGAAGACAUUAGUCAUCUCCAGAGACAAUGUGGUUCCACAUCUGCUGGAGAAUUGGAUGUUGAUUUCACAGGUGGUAGAGAAGUAGAAGCUGAAGGUUGUGUUUUUGAAAACUCAGUGGCUACUUGUGGAUUGCAAGUAGAUUCAAACCAGUUGGGGACACAGGGGUCCUCUUCUCUGCCUGAUGAUUUUAAAAUUGAGAACUUGGAAUCCCCUGUUGACAAUUUUCGUUUACUUCCUACGGAAUUUACCUAUCAUCAGCAGAUGCAGCCUCCAUUGAAGGACGAAGAUUGCCAAGGUGAGAUGGAUGAGUUAAGUGGCAGUUAUUUUCAAAAAACCUCGUUUCAAUUUAUGGCAAAAACUUCCCACAGUGAGAGGGGAACUGAAGGUUCUGCUCAUUCACAGGAGUUGCCUAUAACAGUAGAUGACAGCCAGCCUGAGAAACUGGAGGGCAAAUCUAACUUAGAUAGGUUAAAAACUACUGAGAAAGAGGAAGUGAAUGUCUCUAAUGAAAAGCCAAACUGGCGGGAGAGUGAACCUAAGAAUGGCAACUGUCAUUCAAGAAAUACCCCAACUGAAAGUGGGAGGAUGGAUGUAGCCCAUUUACAUCCGCAUUCUUCUGGGAACACCUCUAAACAUUCAGCAUUGCCACCAACGCUAAGACAAAUGUCACCUGAAAAGCCCGUGCACACACACCAGUCUCCCGAAGGCCAUGGGCCGCUGUCAUCACAAGAAGGUUUCUUAGAGUCAUCUGAUCCACCUACAUCAUGUAGACCUAGAAAAUCUUCUUCACGUGAAAGGUCAAGUAGACACAAACGUAGACAAUCUUCAUCACCUAAAAGGUCUGAUCAGGCUAAAAAGGUCCCAUCUCGAGAUCAUUUGUCUUCCUCUACUAAGCAAACAUCUGCCUCUCCGCAUAGGUCUCAGUAUAAGGAUGGUUCUUCUCAAAAUCGCAGAUCCGCAUCACCAAAAUUCCGCAAAUCACCAAGAAAAUAUGGAAGACUGGAGAAAUCGGUGUCACGAUCACCCAUUAGGAAAAGGGAUUCCUCAUCUGGAUACAAGAGAGAUCGUCGCGGCAGGUCUCGAUCAAGUUCCCCGCAUGUGAGAGACCGUCACAAGUCCCCUAGGGUAAGGAAUUCUCCAAGGCAAAGAUCUCCUCCUGGAUAUCACUCCAGCCUUCGCUCUCCUCGUCAGAGACCCUGGGUUCCUCCUCCUAAUAGGAGAACAGGAUUAGGGAAACUAGGAAACAAUUUAUUUGUUGCAGGAUUUAGCUUCUUGACCACAGAAAGAGAUCUGGAAAGGAAAUUUUCUAGGUUUGGCCGUGUACGAGAUGUUCGUAUUGUGCGUGAUAAGAGGUCAGGGGAUUCUCGUGGAUUUGGUUUUUUAUCAAUGGAAAAGGAUGAAGAUGCAGAUGCAGCAAUUAAAGCCCUUGAUGAGACUGAAUGGAAUGGUAGGAUUAUCCUUGUCGAGAAAUCAAAAUCUCAUUGAAGCAUCAAUUAUAAGACGCCCCUGUCUAGUCUGAAUAUGAUAAUUGCUCAACCUCAGUCAGCUGGUAAAUUUUGGUUGAAAGAGUGUGAUAUAACCUUAAAAGUACAUAGUAAAUCCUUAAAGCGAACAGUCUAGUUUUGCAAUUUUUCUCAUAUGUCUGGCUGUAUGAUACCUUGGCUGUUUAUCAUGUUAAAUCAUAUUCAUCAGCACUUUGAUUA